AGUUCACCAUGAAUAUUUGACACUUGCUGAUGAGAUGUCAUUUAGAAAGAUUAUAAUGUUUAUCUCAAUUCAAAACAGUAUGGCUUGAGCAGUGCCCCCAUAUUUUGAUCAUGAAGCCUGCCACAGACCUCUGUCACACUUGCCAGUCCUUUUCGUCAACUGUUUUAUGCAGCGGAAAUUUGAACGAAGAGGAAAAAGAGGAUAUUUUAUCAAAUUAUCAAGAGCACGUUGGACAUGUCAAAGAACAGAGUGACCAUUACAGGGAUCAGUGUGCUGAGGCCAAAUCAACAUUUGCCCAACUCGCUCCAGAGCAAAAAAUAAGAGGCCAGCCACCCUGCACAUUGCAGUCUGAGUUUCAUUAUAGCUUUGACUAUGCACAACAAGUGCAUUAUCCUCACUAUGCACAACAAGUUAAGCCAUUGUUUUUUAAAACACCUAGGAAAUGUCAAUGCUUUGGCAUCUGCUGGGAGGGAUCAGGCACCCAGAUAUUUUAUCUUGUGGAUGAAGCUCAGCACUCAAAAAACACUGUGACCAGUAUGCUGCAUCACCAUUUCAUGUACCAUGGUCUUGGUUAAACAGAUGUGAAGCUUCACAUGGAUAAUUGCAGUGGGCAAAACAAGAAUAACACAGUCAUCGGGUAAAUAUCUCAUUGAGAAAUGUAAAUUAA